CCGCGCGCGCGGAGCCCCGGGUCCGGGCCGUCGGCGGGCGCGUCCGUCGGGCGGCCCGCGUCCCCCGCCGCCAUGUCGAAGGCGAAGAGCUCGGAGGCCGUGAAGGUGGUGGUGCGCUGCCGGCCGGCGUCCAGCAAGGAGCGGGCCGCGGGGCACGCGCAGGUGGUGGCCGUGGACUCCAAGCUGGGCCAGGUGUCGGUGCGGAGCCCCCGGGCCCCGCACGAGGCCCCCAAGACGUUCACCUUCGACGCGGUCUACGACUGGACGGCCAAGCAGCUGGACCUGUACGACGAGGCCUUCCGGCCCCUGGUGGACUCGGUCCUGGGGGGCUUCAACGGCACCAUCCUGGCCUACGGGCAGACGGGCACGGGGAAGACGUACACCAUGGAGGGGGUCCGCGGGGACCCCGAGCGGCGCGGGGUGAUCCCCAACUCCUUCGAGCACAUCUUCACCCACAUCUCGCGGUCGCAGAACCAGCAGUACCUGGUGCGGGCCUCCUACCUGGAGAUCUACCGGGAGGAGAUCCGCGACCUGCUGGGGAAGGACCAGGCCCGGCGGCUGGAGCUGAAGGAGCGGCCCGACACGGGGGUCUUCGUCCGGGACCUGUCGUCCUUCGUCACCAAGAGCGUGCGGGAGAUCGAGCACGUCAUGCAGGUGGGCGGCCGCAACCGCUCCGUGGGGGCCACGCACAUGAACGAGCGCAGCUCCCGCUCGCACGCCAUCUUCGUGGUCACCGUGGAGUGCAGCGAGGCCGGGCCCGACGGCCGCAACCACAUCCGGGUGGGCAAGCUCAACCUGGUGGACCUGGCGGGCAGCGAGCGGCAGGCCAAGACCGGGGCCCGCGGCGAGCAGCUCAAGGAGGCCACCAAGAUCAACCUGUCCCUGUCGGCCCUGGGCAACGUCAUCUCGGCCCUGGUGGACGGGCGCACCACCCACGUGCCCUACCGGGACUCCAAGCUCACCCGCCUGCUGCAGGACUCGCUCGGCGGCAACGCCAGGACGGUCAUGGUGGCCAACGUGGGGCCCGCCUCCUACAACGUGGAGGAGACCCUCACCACCCUGCGCUACGCCAGCCGGGCCAAGAACAUCAAGAACAAGCCCCGCGUCAACGAGGACCCCAAGGACGCGCUCCUCAGGGAGUUCCAGGAGGAGAUCGCCCGCCUCAAGGCCCAGCUGCAGCGGCGCUCCGGGGGCAAGAGGGACAGGAGGGCCCGGAGGGGCGACGGGGACGACGAGGGGGACAGCGGGGACGACGACGACGACGGCGGCGGCGAGGCGGCCGGCCGGGACGCCGAGGCCUACUGGAGGGCCCAGCGGGAGAAGCUGGAGGCCGAGAGGAUGGCCAUAGCCGGAGACCACAGCCUGGUCGCCGAGGACCGGAUGCGGCUCCUGAAGGAGAAGGAGAAGAAGGCGGAGGACCUGCAGAGGGAGAAGGACGCCGCCGAGAUGCUGGGGGCCAAGAUCAAGGCGAUGGAGAGCAAACUUCUGGUCGGGGGGAAAAACAUCAUCGACCACACCAACGAGCAGCAGAAAGUCCUGGAGCAGAAGCGGCAGGAGAUCGCCGAGCAGAAACGCCGGGAGCGGGAAAUCCAGCAGCAGGUUGAGAUCCGGGAUGAGGAGACCCUGGAGCUGAGGGAGACGUACAGCUCUCUGCAGCAGGAGGUGGACAUCAAGACCAAAAAACUCAAAAAGCUGUUUUCGAAGCUGCAGGCCGUGAAGGUGGAGAUCCACGACCUGCAAGAGGCGCACAUCAAGGAGCGACAGGAACUGGAGCAGACGCAAAACGAGCUCACCCGGGAGCUCAAACUCAAGCAUCUCAUCAUAGAGAAUUUCAUUCCCCUGGAAGAGAAAUCCAAGAUCAUGAACAGAUCCUACUUCGACGAAGAGGAAGACCAGUGGAAACUGCAUCCCAUCACCCGGUUGGACAACCAGCAGAUGAUGAAGCGGCCCGUGUCCGCCGUGGGAUCCAAGCGGCCCCUCAGCCAACACGCCAAGACAUCCAUGAUGACGUGUGCCGAGGCCCGGUACCGGGCGGAGAACAUCGUGCUGCUGGAGCUGGACAUGCCGAGCCGGACCACCCGCGACUACGAGGGGCCCACCGUCUCCCCCAGAGUCCAGGCGGCCCUGGAAGCCGCCCUGCAGGAGGAGGGCGAGAUCCAAGUAGACGCCUCCGGCCUCGCCGGCUCCCUCACCAAGAAGCCCAAGGCCCGGCCGAAGGUGGUCCGGAAGGCCGCGGCCUCCCCGCUCUCCCCAGGGACGUCCGCCGGAUCUCUGCUCUACCCGCAAUCCCGGGGCCUGGUUCCCAAAUAAAGCCGGGACCCCAGCCCCUCCCCGUCGUGGAGCGACGGACCCCGGGGGACCCCCCAACUCGGCCGGCCUCUCUCCCCUCGCCGCCCCGGCCAGCUUAGCCGGACAACCGGGGGAAAGGCCGGGGUCCCCCCGUCCCGUCCCCUUCCCGCUCCUUGCCGUCGGUCGCGGGGGGACGCCGGCCUCCCCGAGAGCCCCGCGGCGCCAAGAGAGACGGCGGCGGCCGGGAAGUCGUCGGGAAAAAGACGCUCGUGGCCUGGCGGGAUGGGGCGCGAAUCCGGCCCAUCUGACCGUCGUCCGGGGGCUCCUGGGAGCGGCGGGAAGAUCAGGGCUGGAAUCGAGGGGGCUCCGGGAUGCGGAUGGGCGACGGAAGCCCCCCAGACGCCACCGGCCCGCGUGGGCCGUCGGAGGGGAGCCCCCCAACUUCACGCUCUGACCGUCGUCUGGGGGUUCCUGGGAACGGCGGGAAGAUCCGGGCUGGAAUGGAGGGGGCUCCGGGAUGCGGAUGGGCGACGGGCUCCUCGACAGGAAGCCCCCCAGAUGCCACCGGCCCGCGUGGGCCGUCGGAGGGGAGCCCCCCAACUUCACGCUCUGACCGUCGUCUGGGGGUUCCUGGGAGCGGCGGGAAGAUCCAGGCUGGAAUCGAGGGGGGCUUCGGGAUGUGGAUGGGCAAUGGGCUCCUCGACAGGAAGCCCCCCAGACGCCACCAGCCCGCGUGGGCCGUCGGAGGGGAGCCCCCCAUCUUCACGCUCUGACCGUCGUCUGGGCAUUCCUGGGAGCGGCGGGAAGAUCCGGGCUGGAAUCGAGGGGGCUCCCAGGGGGCUCCGGGACAAGGAUGGGCGACGGGCUCCUCGACAGGAAGCCCCCCCAGACGCCACCAGCCCUCGUGGGCUGUUGGAGGGGAGCCCCCCAACUUCACGCUCUGACCGUCGUCUGGGGGUUCCUGGGAGCGGCGGGAAGAUCCGGGCUGGAAUCGAGGGGGCUCCCGGGGGGCUCCGGGACAAGGAUGGGCGACGGGCUCCUCGACAGGAAGCCCCCCAGACGCCACCAGCCCCCCAACUUCACACCGAGUCCCCUUCCCCUGACCCCUUUCUGGUCACCCACCCUUGUGGGAACCGGGGGAGGCGGAAGGGUCCGGACUUCCUCCUCCUCCUCCUCCUCCUCGCCCUUCAGCUUGGAAGCGGGGCCGCGGUUCCGUUUCGGGGGGCGUUCCGAAGCGGGGGCAGGCCUCUUCGGACCCCUUCCCCAAGACACGGAAGCAGAGACCACCGAGGAGAACCAGGCCGGGGAACGGACGCGGCCCAGCUGCCGCCGGGGAGCCACGUCUCACAGGACGGUGGGUUUUGCGGGGGGCCGGGGACCGACCUCGUAGUUCCGUUUGUAAGUUUCCGUUGGUUGGGGAUUGGGAUUUCUUGGUUUUAAAUUCCCCGGGCCGGCCUACGCCGCCGCUCGGCUCCCGGCGGGCGCCUCGUGUCCCAACGAAACGUCCCGGACCGUCGACGGAAGACCCCCGCCCCAUCACCCUUCGGGGGGGACCCUGCUGUCCGGCUUCUGGCCCGACCCCCCGGGGGGAAAGGAGACGCCGCUUCUCCCAUCUUGUUUUGCAGAAGGCCCUUCCUCGCCCUCUCCUCUCCCGUUUCCGGCCUCCCGGAGGCGGGAAUGUCGCCGGGCACGUUGGGAUCGGGGGAAGGGGUGGGAGAAACCUAAGACCCCCCUCAGCGGCGGGGGUCCCAAGGAAGGGGGGAGAUGGACGGAGCGUCCGGAACGCGGGACGGGCCCCAUAUCCGAGCCCCGACGUCAGGAAUCCCGGGAAUAAAAGCACUUUCUCGAAAUCUC